AUGUUUGCUCGACCCUCACCAGCCGCUGGCCAAGGCAAGGCCCGGGUCAAUGAGCUCCUGAACAAACUCCAGGUCGAUCUGCAGGCCGAAAAGUUGACCGCUGAAGAACGUCAAAGUCUUCUCGAGAAAUUAAAGGUUCUUGGAAGAGAUCCAUCAAACUCUGAAUCCAUCUUCGCUAGAAAGGGGAUCGAAAUACUUUGUGAAUAUGGCUUCGACGUCGCUGAGCUAGAAGUGUCUCAGGAAGCUCUGAGAUGCCUAGCUAACGCUAUGCUGUUACAAGAAGCCCCAAGGCAAUAUCUACUGGACUUGGGAUAUGGUGACAAGGCAGCUCAGAGACUCAGGAACGACGAUCGAAACGACGAAUUUCUCAUCUCUCGCAUCAUAUUCCUGCUAACAUACAAUACCACCGUCGAUCUCACAGAGCUCGUCGAAAACAAUGAGCUAGCCAACAGCAUCUGCCGAGUGAAGCAAUUGAUCGACAUCCUCGAUUGUUCGACGAAGGCGUAUCCGGAAUCGGAACUCGAGCAAACUACAACUCCGCUAUUGUUACUGUUGCGCAAGAUUCAGAUCAAAGCAUCAUCAGAUGUGCGCGAACAAAUGCAGUCUCUCUUAUUGCCUACUGUAGAGGACCGUUCCAAACCUCUGGGUCAAGGCGAUUCGCUGCCUUCCAGACUACUACGACUUUCCAUCUCUCCCGCUCUGGUGAACCUGCGUGAGAGUAUCUCCACUUUGCUCUAUGAGCUCUCGGACAGCGAUCCAACAACAUUCAUUCACAACAUCGGAUACGGCUAUGCUGCUGGUUAUCUCUCUACACACAAGAUUGAUGUGCCGGAGACUAUGAUGAAAGCGGAUGCCCAGAGUGCAGAUAUCAACCCUGUCACUGGUCAACGUCUGGCUGCCGAACCCACAAACCCUGAACCCGAAAUGACAGACGAAGAGAAGGAGCGUGAAGCCGAACGUCUGUUUGUGUUAUUCGAGAGGUUGAAGGCUACUGGUGUUGUUGAUGUUGAAAACCCAGUGCAUCAAGCCAUGAGAGAAGGUCGCUUUGAUAACUGA